CACAAAACAAGUUGACGAGCGCAGCGCGAGUCAUGGCGUCCGAGAGGAUCUCUUGAAGAACAAACUCUGGACAAAGUCUCACGAAAAGCAUGCAACGACAUCUCGACGAGCGUUUUAACCGUUUGUAACCUACAUAAGUAACAAAAAAGUCGACUUUGCGAAGUAGUCAUGGUCGCAAAGCGUCGAAUGUGACUGCGGUGGAGUUUGAAGCUAACUGAGCGCUGCUAACCCGAGAGUUCGAGGACAGUUUCACGGACAGUGUAAAUAUAGUGUAAAUAUACUAUUAUAGAGAAUUUAAAUACGUAAUAGGAAACGUAAGCGCUGUUUAAGUGUCUAUUUGAGAGUUCAUUCGCCGUGUAGCUUGUCUGUGGACGGUUGGAGAUGGCUCAAUCGCCGGUACCUGUUCAAGUUCCUGGAAUGCAGAGCACUCGAGUGGACCCUGAGGAGUUGUUCACUAAACUAGAGCGCAUCGGGAAGGGGUCAUUUGGCGAAGUGUUCAAAGGUAUUGACCGCCGCACUCAGAACGUAGUGGCCAUCAAGACCAUCGAUCUAGAGGAAGCAGAGGAUGAAAUCGAAGACAUCCAACAGGAAAUCACGGUUCUCAGCCAGUGCGACAGUCCACAUGUUACCAAAUACUACGGCUCAUACCUAAAGGGCAGUAAACUAUGGAUUAUAAUGGAAUAUCUGGGAGGGGGUUCAGCUCUGGACCUGCUACGAGCCGGACCCUUUGAUGAAUGCCAGAUAGCCACUAUGCUGAAAGAGAUACUGAAAGGUCUGGACUACCUGCAUUCUGAGAAGAAAAUCCACAGGGACAUAAAAGCCGCCAACGUGCUGUUGUCAGAGUCCGGCGAGGUGAAGUUGGCAGACUUCGGUGUGGCGGGGCAGCUGACAGACACGCAGAUCAAAAGGGAGACGUUUGUGGGUACACCGUUCUGGAUGGCCCCAGAGGUCAUCCAACAGUCUGCCUAUGACUCAAAAGCUGACAUUUGGUCUCUUGGGAUCACUGCCAUUGAGCUAGCCAAGGGUGAACCCCCCAACUCGGACAUGCACCCCAUGAAAGUUCUCUUCCAUAUCCCAAAGAACACACCACCCACCCUCAAUGGAGACUUCUCAAAGACCUUCAAAGAGUUUGUGGACUCCUGUCUUAACAAGGACCCUACAUUUAGGCCAACAGCAAAGGAACUCUUAAAGCACAAGUUCAUUGUUAAACAUUCCAAGAAGACGUCCUACCUCACUGAGCUUAUCGACAGGUUAAAGCGCUGGAAAGCUGAGGGCCAUAGUGAUGGAGAAUCCAGCUCUGACUCUGACUCGGAGUCCAGCGGUAGGGACAAUGACUUAUCUCCUGAAUGGUCUUUCACCACCGUUCGUAAGAAGAAGACCGAGAAGCAUGUGAAUGGAAUGAAAGAAGAGGUUCAGAAGAAAUCUGCCAGUUUAACCACAGUGAUGGCUCCUGUCUUCUCUGAGCUGAAAUCAGAGCACAGAGAUGCAGGCCUGAUAAGAGGAGUGAUCGAGGAGCUGGAGAAGAGCCUUCAUAUGGCUGAAGAUGUCUGUCCUGGAGUCACAGACAGAAUGAUCGACCACAUCCUGGAUAGGGUGCGGAGAUUCUCUGUGAGUUAGUGCAGUGCUGCACUCCUAAGACAACAGCCAGGGGAACGUUGGAGCGCAUCAGGUCUCCUGGUGUCGCCCCUCCUCGUCACUGCACCUUAACACACUUAAACACUCACACACUCACACAUGUACAGAGGAAGGAGAGCCAGGGAGUUGCACACUAUCUUAUAACCAAAAGGAUUUUCUUCCUCCCAAAGAAUGACUAUACAUAGUGUGCGCUUAACUGUAUUUAUAUAAUUUUGCCAUGUGCUUUUAAAUAUCUUCAGCUGGUGCACGAGGAUGUGUGUGUUACUGUUCUUUUACUCCAUAUUUUACUUUGAAAGACACGCAUUGUUCUUACUGAAUAAGUCGAUCUGCACGGCAUUUGGCAAAUCUGUUGGUUCACACAUAUUUAUCCCAAUCCAUUACUUUAUUUUACCAUUUAAACCGAGAUCAUAUUUAUGUGUGGGAAAUUUGGCAAAGUCUUUUGUGUGUUUUGGUUUGGGAUUUCUUUAUUAUGCUCUACACACUGUUACCUGUAGCAUUACAGAACUGCUGUAUGGAAUUACAUUCGUAUCAUAUCAGUCAAAACAAAUAGAAAUACCUCAGUUAGAUGAAGCAAUCGUUUAAAAGAAAAUACAGCUCAUGCUCAGUUUAGACCAAGUUCAUUUUCAUUUUAAACUGCUGGGAAAAUGGGAGGAAUUUUGCUGUGCAAAUGCUACCUCCGCCUCGGAUACGUGACAUUAGGAAGUUUCUUUUUAAUUGGCAAGGUAAUUUGUUUGAAAACAUCUAGAUUUUUAUAUAUAUAUAUGACACUGCUGUUCUGAUGUCAUCAGCCUUUGUUGCGAAAUAUUUUGCCCUUCAUUUCUCAGUUAUGCCCACUUUUACAUUGUCUUGUGUUUGAGCUGAGAUUUUUAUAUAUGAGUAGAGUUGAACUGUAUUUUUGAAGGAAAUAUGCACUUGUCUUGCACACACUUUGUACGGGGCGGGCCUGUUUUAUACUUUCAGAGAUCUCUUUAUUUACCGACAUUCCUUUUUCUUUGAGUAGAUCUCAAGGGAGGGCUCUUCUUUAGCCAGGGGCAAAAUAUCUACACACAAAAACAGUUCAGCUACCCAAGAUGACAGUAAGUGAUUUCAAGGUGGCGCUACAUCGUAAUUUAGACAAAUGGAAUUAAUUCGCUAUAAAAAAUGUUUUGUUUAUGUUUUAGUGUCCUAUGAUGAGGGAUUUUCUUUUGCCAAUCUUGUAAAGAAACACAAGGGUGCCAUCACUGGUAUGGUGGUGAUUUCAUACAUGCUCCUGUUGGCUGGGAGAGAUUAUGCCAAUGUUACAUCCCAUUGUGCCUAAAAUUCACUUCUUUAUGUACAUGUGAUUGUCAUUACAGUCUCAAACAGCUUUAAAACAAAUGUUUAACACACGUUGCCAGACUGCUGGAAGAUUUUAGAGCAAUAAAGGUGUUUAGAAGAAGAUUUUUAUAUUUCUUUAUAGGAGUGUAGAUGCAAAAGCUAGGUUUUGUAAAUUUCUUCAUCAGCUUUUGUAAAUUAAUAUUGCCACACAAAAUCUUUCAAGGCUGUAUCAUAUAUAUAUAUAUAUAUAUAUAUGCUGUUUUUCUCCCUUUUUUGACUUCAACUGUUACAUAUUAGUUUU